AUGGCGGCUAGGCCGCGGCCAACCAGUGUGGAGCCCGCGGAAGCCACAGAACAGGCGAAGGGUCCAGAGGGGGCUGGAGGGCAGGACGCGUCCACACAGAAGAUCGAAGACUUGAUGGAAAUGGUGAAGAAGCUGCAGAAAGCAGGAACUCUAGAGCCCCGAAUUGAGGUCCUGAUUAACCGGAUUAAUGAGGUUCAGCAAGCAAAAAAGAAAGCCAGUGAGGAGCUGGGAGAGGCGAGGACUGUUUGGGAUGCCCUACAGAAGGAACUGGAUUCAUUGCAUGAAGAGAAAGUACGACUUAAGGACAUCUUGAGCAAAAAACAAGAGACCCUAAGGAUCCUCCGGUUGCAUUGUCAAGAGAAGGAAAGUGAGGCACAGAGAAAGCACACCCUGUUGCAAGAGUGUAAGGAAAGGAUUUCUGUCCUGAACUCCCAGAUUGAGGAAGAGAAGAGCAAACAGAGACAACUGAGGUUGGAUUUUGAGGAACAGCUGGAGACUCUGAUGGACCAACACAAGGACCUCUGGGAAUUUCACAGGCCGGAGCAGCUGGCAAGAGAGAUUUGUGCCCUGGACAGCAGCAAGGAGAAACUGCUGAAGGAAGAGAAACUGGUUGAGGUGAAACUGGAAGAUGUGAAGCAUCAGCUCUGCUCCCUGUUUGGGCCUGAGGGUCCCUCCAACCUCACUGAGGGACUCUUUCUCCGCAGCCAGGAAGCUGCAGCAGCAGUGGAGAUGUUCAAGGAGGAAAACAGGAAGGCUGAGGAGCUCCUGGAGGCUGCGGCCCAGCACCACCAGGAGCUACAGCAGAGGUGUCAGCAGCUGCAACAGAAGCGGCAGAGGCUGAAGGAGGAGCUGGAAAAGCAUGGAGUUCAAAUCUCUGCUCAAGCACAGAACAUGCAAGAGGAAGGGACCAGCUCCCGAAAAGCCAUUCCCAAAUUUCUAGAAGUCCAUGAGGAGAAAGAUCAGGAGCUGCCCACCAAGCAAGACCUGAUACCCUCCUAG